AUGGAAGUGUUGAUGCUCUGGCUUUUCCCCUGGAUAUUUCAGUGUGUUUCGGUGCGGGCGGACUCCAUCAUCCACAUUGUCAAAGAUCUGAAUCUGUCAGAGGAUAUCAUAGAAUCAUUGAGGUUGGAAAAGACCUCUAAGAUCAUCGAGUCCAACCAUAACCUGCACAAAGUCAGAGAAGCCUGUGACUUGAUGACCCUGGGGAUCUUAGCCUUAGUGACGUCCACUGGUUGUGCCUCGGCCAACGCCCUGCAGUCCCUGACGGAUGCCAUGCACAUCCCACACCUUUUUGUACAGCGCAACACAGGAGGCUCCCCACGCACCGCCUGCCACCUGAACCCCAGCCUGGAGGAGGAGGAGUACACGCUGGCCGCCCGACCACCGGUUCGCCUCAAUGAUGUUAUGCUGAAACUGGUCACUGAGCUGCGGUGGCAGAAAUUCAUAGUGUUUUAUGACAGUGACUAUGAUAUACGCGGACUGCAGGGAUUUCUCGAUCAGGCCUCAAGACUGGGACUUGAUGUAUCAUUACAAAAAGUGGACAGGAACAUCAGCAGAGUCUUUGCCAACCUUUUCACUACCAUGAAAACCGAAGAGCUGAACCGCUAUCGGGACACAUUGCGAAGGGCUAUCUUACUCCUAAGUCCACGGGGAGCCCAGACUUUUAUUAAUGAGGCUGUGGAAACCAACCUUGCAUCAAAGGAUAGUCACUGGGUCUAUGUAAAUGAGGAAAUCACUGAUAAUGAAAUAUUAGAGUUGGUACAUAGUGCUCUGGGGAGGAUGACAGUUAUCCGGCAAAUUUUCCCUCUCUCAAGGGACAACAAUCAGAGAUGCAUGAGGAACAAUCACCGAAUAUCAUCACUGCUGUGCGAUCCACAGGAAGGCUAUCUUCAGAUGCUGCAGGUUUCCAACCUGUACCUGUAUGACAGUGUGCUCAUGCUGGCCAAUGCUUUCCACAGAAAACUGGAGGACAGGAAAUGGCACAGCAUGGCAAGUCUGAACUGCAUGAGGAAAUCCACCAAACCUUGGAACGGAGGACGAUCCAUGCUAGAGACCAUUAAGAAGGGCCACAUAACUGGGCUUACUGGUGUUAUGGAGUUCAGAGAAGAUGGCGCCAACCCCUAUGUUCAAUUUGAAAUACUGGGCACUAGCUACAGCGAAACAUUUGGCAAAGAUGUGCGGAGGUUGGCGACGUGGGACUCUGAGAAAGGACUGAACGGUAGUCUACAAGAACGACGUCUGGGCAAUGACUUACAAGGACUGACACUCAAAGUGGUGACUGUCUUGGAAGAACCUUUUGUGAUGGUGGCGGAGAACAUACUUGGGCAACCAAAACGAUAUAAAGGAUUUUCCAUUGAUGUCCUGGAUGCGCUUGCCAAGAAUCUGGGCUUCAAGUAUGAGAUAUAUCAAGCUCCUGAUGGCAAAUAUGGACAGCAGCUUCAAAACAGCUCCUGGAAUGGCAUGAUUGGAGAACUCAUUAACAAGAGAGCAGACCUAGCCAUCUCAGCCAUCACUAUAACACCAGAACGAGAGAGCGUUGUGGACUUCAGCAAGCGGUACAUGGACUAUUCCGUGGGGAUCUUAAUCAAAAAGCCCGAAGAAAAAAUCAACAUCUUCUCUCUCUUUGCUCCUUUCGACUUUGCGGUGUGGGCUUGCAUUGCUGCAGCCAUCCCUAUAGUCGGUGUCUUGAUUUUUGUCUUGAACCGCAUCCAGGCAGUCAGGGCGCAGAAUGCUUCCCAGCCGAGCCCUUCCGCUUCCUCCACCCUCCACAGUGCCAUCUGGGUUGUGUACGGCGCCUUCGUUCAGCAAGGGGGCGAAUCUACUGUCAAUUCUGUGGCUAUGCGCAUUGUAAUGGGAAGCUGGUGGCUCUUCACCCUUAUCGUGUGCUCUUCCUACACAGCGAACUUAGCAGCAUUUCUCACAGUAUCAAGAAUGGAUAAUCCUAUAAGAACAUUUCAGGAUCUGUCCAAACAAAUGGAUAUAUCUUACGGUACAGUCAGGGAUUCAGCAGUGUAUGAAUACUUUAAAGCAAAAGGGACAAACCCUCUGGAGCAGGAUAACACAUUUGCUGAACUGUGGAGGACUAUCAGUAAGAAUAAUGGGGCAGAUAAUUGUGUAUCGAACCCUUCUGAAGGCAUCAGGAAGGCAAAGAAAGGAAACUAUGCUUUCCUGUGGGAUGUGACGGUGGUGGAAUAUGCUGCGCUGACGGAUGAUGAAUGCUCUGUGACAGUCAUUGGAAACAGCAUCAGCAGCAAAGGAUACGGGAUAGCACUCCAGCAUGGAAGCCCCUACAGAGAUCUUUUCUCCCAGAGGAUCUUAGAGUUGCAAGAGAGCGGAGAUUUGGAUGUUCUGAAACAGAAAUGGUGGCCACGGAUGGGACGUUGUGACCUGAAUAGCCAUAUCAAUGCACAGACAGAUGGGAAGGCACUCAAGCUUCACAGUUUUGCAGGCGUUUUCUGCAUUUUAGCAAUAGGCCUUCUUCUUGCAUGCUUGGUGGCAGCACUGGAGUUGUGGUGGAACAGCAACCGUUGUCAUCAAGAAACACCGAAAGAGAUGGCCAAUGAUGUGAGGUUGGGCCUCAGAAGCAUGGACAAAGAAGUGAACCUGGAGCAGGUCCACAGACGCAUGAACAGUUUAAUUGACGAAGACAUAGCCCACAAGCAAAUCUCUCCAGCGUCCAUUGAAAUCUCAGCCUUGGAGAUUGGUGGCAUGCAGCCAACUCAGACCCUGGAGCCGGUACGCGAAUACCAGAACACGCAACUUUCUGUCACCACCUUUUUACCAGAACAGACAACUCAUGGUGCCAGCAGGACACUCACAGCUGCCUCCGGCAGCAACCUGCCGCUGCCCCUGAGCAGCUCAGCCACCAUGCCCUCCAUACAGUGUAAACACAGGUCGCCGAAUGGAGGACUAUUUCGUCAGAGUCCCGUGAAAACCCCGAUCCCAAUGUCAUUUCAGUCUGUGCCGGGGGGAGUCAUUCCAGAAGCAAUGGAGCCCUCGCAUGGAACAUCCAUAUGA